AGCUGUUCCACGUGUUUAUGAACAGCACGGACACACCGCAACCUAGGCGACAGCCACAACAUACUAAUAUUUUGUCGUAUUUUUAUUAUGUAUGAACAAGUUACAACAUCGUUGUAGAGACUGGAUUAUCACAUUUCACUCCUACGUUGUUGUCAGAGCUAAUAAUACAAAGUUCAAAUACAGCCGUAUCAAAGCCUCCCUAUAAAAUUGUCUGACUCGCACUACACAAUGGAGGAAGAGAACGUACCCCCGAUUGACCCAGAUUUUGAGCCGCAGAGCAGACCGAGGUCGUGUACAUGGCCGUUGCCUAGACCCGACAUCUCAGCUGUCAAACCAGAGGGGGCAGACGGCGCAGAGUCUGCAGCGGGAACACCGCCUGCCGAAGAUGAUAAACACGAGACCCAGCAAAUCAUAUCCGAGCCUGAGAAAGUGGUGGUCUCAGAGGGAGGAGUCGUUGCCGGAGUGGGUGGAGCCACGCCCCGAAAAGGCUCGUCUCGUCGCAAUGCCUGGGGGAAUCAGUCUUACGCUGAUCUUAUAAGCCAGGCGAUCGAGAACUCACCGGAGAAACGCCUCACCUUAGCGCAGAUCUAUGAUUGGAUGGUGAAAACGGUGCCAUACUUUAAAGAUAAAGGAGACAGCAACAGCUCAGCGGGUUGGAAGAACUCCAUUCGUCACAACCUGUCCCUCCACAACAAAUUCUUGAGGGUACACAACGAAUCUACGGGAAAGAGUUCCUGGUGGAUGCUCAAUCCUGAGGGGGGGAAGACGGGCAAAGCUCCGCGGCGACGUGCCGCCUCCAUGGACAACAGCAGCAAGCUGCUGAAGAGUCGCAUGAGAGCCAAGCAAACCAAGAAGCAGGCGGGAGCUGCCGGAAUGGCUGGUUCUGCCCUGCAGGGUGAAGGCGGUUCUGGGACGGGGGGCGCCGACAGCCCCGGCCCCCCCGGGCAGUUCCCGAAAUGGGGGGUCAACAGCAGUAGCCCCUCGUCCCGCGGCAGCCUGGACGAUCCGGACAUGUGGACGAGCUUCAGGCCGCGGACCAGCUCCAACGCCAGCACGCUGAGUGGCAGGCUCUCCCCCAUCGCCACGGGGCAGGAGGAUGAGGAUGACCUGCCUGAAGACGGGCUCCUCGGUGGGUACUCCACGAGCAAUCUCCCUCCGACGCUAACGGAAAACAUCAUGGAGGAGCUCGACUUGAUCGACGGGCUGACGCUCAUGCCGCCCACCCAGGGAGGGGCGAGUCCGAGCACAGCCCCUCCGGCUCCGCCCACACCGCUGCCUUCUGCAUCCACCCUGUUGCCAAGGGGCUCUGGCUUUCCCUCUUACCGUCAACUCCAGACAGCUAAACCCCCACAGGCUCCCACUCCGCCAGGGCCGCAGGGCUCGGUCCAGCCAGGUGGAGGCUCGAACCCCAGUCAAUCCAGCUUCGGCAACUCUCUGUUCAACCCUUUGCCCGGGCCCGGGUCCCGCGGGGGUCAUUUCGGCACGCACGUACCCUCCAGCCUGGAGGCACUGCUCACCUCCGACUCGCCUCCGCCCACCGAUGUCAUGAUGACCCAGGUUGACCCGCUAAUGCCCAGUCAGAGCGGCGCCGGGCUUCUGGGGCUUGGCGGACCCAUGGCCAAACCCGCUCAGAUGAUGUUGGGUAAGAGCAUGGAGCCGAGCUCAGUGGGUCAAAUGCCCCUCCAGCCGCAGCCUCAGCCGCAGCUGCAUCCCCCCCAGCCGCACUCGCAGCUGGGCUUGGGCAUGCUGCUGUCAGACAUGGGCCAGGAACCACCCCAGCUCACGGCCCUGAAGACGCAGCAUCAAGUGCCGGGCAGCGGACUGCUUCAGCACGGCGCCGUACCCCCAGUCGGUGGUAACGGGGGACUCCAGGGGAUGAGCCAGUUUGGGACGCCAAGCUGCUUCCUACCCUCUCAGGACCGUCUGCCCACCGACCUGGACAUUGACAUGUUCACAGAGAAUCUGGACUGUGACGUCGACUACAUCAUUAACAGUGACCUCAUGGACGGAGACGCGAUCGACUUUAACUUUGACCCUAUUGUGCCUGGAGGACAGGGUUACCCAGGGCCAGCAACCACACAGAGCUCCUCCCACAACUGGGUCCCCAGCUAAUUCACCUCAGUCUGGAAACAGGACAAGACCCCCA